CUAACACUCCAUCGCUCCAUUGCCAACAAAUUGUGUUUAAUCGUAAUACUCGUAAAUGACAGAGCAACAACGUAAACGCGUAGAACGCGCGAUAUCCGACAUGAUCAAUGAAAUGUAUUCAAGCCAUUUGCGUAAAAUGCAGUCUGAAAUGCAUAUUUGUGCGUCUAAAUGCUGCGAUGAUCAACGCGGAACUUUAGAGUCUGUGCAGACUUGUAUUGAGGGAUGUGCGGUGCCGCUUAUUAAAGCUCAGGAUUACUUACAGCAAGAGUUGGGGCAAUUUCAAGGGCAGCUGCAAAAUUGUGUUAUGAAAUGUAGCGAAGAGGCGAGACAAAGACUGCCACCAAGUCCAGGAGAUGUAGAACUAGCCAAAAAUCAGUAUCAAUUUGAAAAUUGCACUGUGGCCUGCGUAGACAGACACAUUGGACUCAUACCCACUAUGAUGAAGACCAUUAAGGCUGUGCUAGAGAAAGGCCCCAAUGCCAUGCCUCAAGCAUAGAGUGUUAUGUGUGUAUGUAA